CAUGAAGAGCACUCAAGGCCUUGUCCCCUGCCCAACUCUUUUGCCGACAGCUACACACAACCCACACAUAUGCACUGCCCUGAGACCUCUCUUCCUUCUACUAUAAUUCCAUGGCCUGCUCAACACAAACUUCUUCAUCUCAUCUACUCCUACAGAGCAACAUCACAAUCUACACCACACCUUUAGACUUUCAGAGCCAAACUGAAAUUUAGCCAGCCAAGAACACAUCAGACUCAACCAUGAUCCAUCCAAAGAAGCUUGCUCAGCUGGCCAAGAAGUUCAAGCGGAUAGCUGCCGGAGCCGGUGCCCGCCGCUGGCAGCAUGCCUCAAACACCGCCGACGACGAAUGCUGCAGCACAACGUCGUCUAUGGUUGCUGAUGAGGGCCACUGCAUAGUGUACGCCGCCGACGGAGAACGGUUCGAGGUCCCUUUGGCGUACCUUGGGACGACGGUCUUCGCUGAGCUCCUGAGGAUGUCCGAGGAGGAGUUUGGCUUCGCCAGCGGCAGCGAUGGAGGCAGGAUCAUGAUGCCCUGCGAUGCCACGGUGAUGGAGUACGUCUUGUGCCUUGUCAGGAGAGAGGCCUCUGAGGAGGUUGAGAGGGCCUUCUUGAGCUCUAUUGCUAGUUGUGUGGCGCCAUCGAUGGGACUCAACCAUCAGUUUGCUCUUUGUACUUAGCUACUAGCUUGUCUGGUGAUUAUUUUUGUUAGAACCUGAAGAUCCCUGUACAGUCUGAUUUCGCCGUAUAGAGUACUGAAGAAAGUUUGUCGGUAUGAUAUGUGGGGGAAGGAAACAGGAGAGGAUGUGCCUGACCAGAAGGUGGCAGAACGCGGUGAUGGCGCAGCGAAGGGAAUGCGGAUGGAGGAUUAGAUGAAUGAUCAGCAUACUGUACCUAGAACUGUCGGAACUGAAUCGUGUGUCCCAGACGGAGGUGGGUUGAGCUGGUUAUAGGUUCUUGAGGUAGGAACUGCAGUCUGUUGCCUGGAAGAUGAACGUUUCCAGCGCCGCUGCCAUCGGAAGUGUGCACUUCUGGGUACCAUUUCCCUUGUGUCGGAGACUACUUGCGUGAGCUGGGUGGCCUCUCGUCAGCUCGUCACACUACAAAUGAAAAUGCAGGGCGGAAUACGCCCUAACUGCCGUUUGCAGUACAUCAGUUCAGUUGGGGAAGAAACUUAAUAAUUUCUGAAGAACGUAGGAUAUCACAUAUCUACCUUUGCUUUUGGUCUUCUAUUUUGUAGACAAUGCCCAGAAAUCAAAUAAACCCUGUUGUUGAGCAUAUUGUACGGUAACUUCC